GUCAGUGCGCAUGUCAAGUUGAAAAUUGCAAAUGGCGGCCGUUGUUAUUGUUCGUACCGAAUUAACUAUUUGUAAAUUAUAUACUAAUCUUUUUAGCGAUUUUUCUAAUGAACUGUUAUACUGAUGCGAUGCUUUAACUUCUCAUAAUUCGGCGCGACAGGUUUUAUGUACGUUUUUAAGUGUUUUGAGUGUUUUUUUGGUAUUUUAUGUGUGUCAUGCAAAUGGGGUAAGCUGGAAUUAUCGGAUGUCGCUUAGGUUGUUUUGGAUAGUUUUAAUAAGAAAAUGAAGUGAUGUUCUGUGACCUUAAGUGUUAAAAUGAAUAGUGCAUAAAGUUUUCCAAAUAUCGCUGCAUAAUUAAAGUGUUGCAAGAGACAGGAGCGGCCGCAAUUUACGAUAGUUCCAUGCUGUGACUGCACUCCCCGUACAUUUCAAAAUGGCUGCUCUUUACGAUAUAUGAGCUUUGCGUCACUGGAACAUAAAUCAGUGGAUUCGAAUCGUUAUGAAAUUGUCGCGUUUCUAGUCGUACGAACUCUGGUGAAAAAUCAUAAAUAAUCCAGGGACACGUUCCCGGGCUGGUGUGGACCGUGGCAUUAGUGUUGUGUCAUAUGUUUUCGUAGUGGAGUGGACACUGGCCAUAGGUCCGAUAUUGGCUUGCGUCCGUGCCGGACUGUGAUGUUUCGUUUGAUAUUCCAGGAUGAUUUGAGACACAAGGGAAUGGUACUUGUGUGGAAUUGAGCGGAAUGUGACAUCGUAUGAGAGCAUGGCAGCGGACAGCGACGGGCCAGGCUCGGCGGGUGGGGGUGGGGGCGGGGUCGGCGGCGGAGGCGGCGCGGGCGGCUGGUGUGGCGUGGUGGUGACCUGCGAGGGCGACCUGCGCGACCCGAGGUUUCCUGCGCGCCUGCGCCGCCUGCUGCGUGACCUGCGCGCGCUUCUCGCCGACCCACAUCCGCACUCGCUCAAAGUUAACAAGGUGGAGCCGUGGAACUCGGUGCGGGUGACGCUGUCGGUGCCGCGCGCGGCGGCGGCGCGGCUGCGGGCGCUGGCGGCGGGCGGCGCGCCGCAGCUGCGCGCGCUCGGCAUCCUCUCCGUGCAGCUCGACGGCGACGCCGCCGUCAGUCUGCGGCUGCAGCACGGCGCCGAGCUCACCAUCAGCGCAGACGCAGAUGAUGCGAGUACGUCAAGAUCUCAACCGAACGCGGAGCUCCUAGCAGGGCUGGAGGGUAUCGGGCGGCUAAUGGAAGGGAGCGGGGCGGGCGCGGGCGCCGCCGCCGCCACCUCUGACGCCCCGCCGCCGCCGGCGCCCCCGCGCGACUCCUUCAAGUCGCCCAACACGGUCUGCCCAAUGGACGGCAAGAUCCCGCAGAACAUUCCCACGCCGACCACCGACCGCUGCGAGUUCCCCUUCGGCAGCAUGACGCAGGCGAGGGUUAUACAUAGGAAAGAAAAUACGUUAGGUUUAGGUGGUCCAUCGGGCGGCAUCAGGCCUCCUGCGGAUGGCAUGUUCGCGCGGCCGUCGACGUCCGCGUUCGCGGGUCCUCCGCCGCCGUACCCCGCGGCGGCGGCGACCUCUCCCGCGCCGCACGCGCCGCCCGCCUCGCCCGCGCCGCACACGCCGCACGCGCCUGCGCACUCGCCCGCCGCCGCGCCGCCCACCGUCGCCAUGUCCUCGCCGUUGCUCGUCAAUCUGCUGCAGAACGACGCGCCGGCGCCGCAGCCGCGACCUAAGCCUCCGCCGCAUCCGGCCAAGUUGGAUCGACUCGAGGACGGACAGGUGGAGCUGGCAGUGGGCCGAGCGCCCUUCGAGUAUCGAUCGCCGCGUACGCCGGGGCCGGCGAGAAUGCCGUCAUCGCCAGCGCCUCCCCCACCCGCGCCACCACCGCCACCGUCACCUCGCGCGGCGCCCCGGCCGGCGCCAUACGUGCGGCGUGCGUUCCCGGCCCCCCGCGCUGCGCCGCCGCCGCCCGGCGCGUACCGCAGCACGGUGCCGGCGCCCAACGCGACGGUGGUGUCGCGGGCGCGGUUUCCUCUGCAAUACGCAGCGGAGUCGUUCGGGCCGCCACCCCCGUACGGCGUACGGCAGGCGGGACAAGCGCCGCCGACAGGGCCGGUAGGGCAAGCGGGGCCGCGCGCGGGUCCGGCGCGUUCCGCUACGCCUGCGCCCGCGCCGGCGCUAGCGCGCGUCACUGCCGAGGACCUACAAGCGCUGCUGCCGCCGCCGCCCACCUCCAUGGAUCAAAAGACGCAGUCUAGUUUCCAGGAGUUCCAGAGAUAUCAGCAGCAGUACAUCGCGCUCCAGCGAGCCAACUCACGCACCAACACCUCCAGUCAGGGGGAUUGGAACGAGCCCUAUCGGGACUCAUUGUGGGGUCUGCAACUACCCGAUAUCCCGGACACGUGUGACCUCGACCAGUUGCUGCCGACCCUCGGCGCAGACCUCAACUUGGACGACACCGCCCUCUCCGCCAUCUCCGACCUGGACACUAACGCAAAGCUGGACUUGCUCUGUGAUCCGGCGCAGCAAGACGCGCCCAGCUCCGAGCCGAACCCGACGCCGGAUUCUUUAUUACAAGAGAUAACCGGUCAGUUCACGCCCACGAUGAACGGUCCUUACCCGGAGACGUCGUCGGCGUCGACCACGCAUACGAACGUGAGUGAUGUGCCUUCAAAGUCUAGCUCGUUCGAGAGCGAGACGAAUUUCAUGCCUCCCCCGCCCGUGCCGCAGCAAUCCACUUCGAAAUACCAGACGAAUCCCCAUUCUGUGGCACAGCAUCCCCCUUUCAAGUCACCGCCAACGUCCUUCACCCCGUCGCCGAGUAGUGCGAGUUCGGAGAGAUUGAUGGUCAGCCAAGGCAGUCAAAUUGGUCAUAUGGGUCAGAACCAAGUGAGUCACACAACGUCGAUGCCCCCGCCGAUGCGGUUGCCUAUUAGAGCGGCGGCGUCGGUGACCACAGCGACUGUUGGCUCACAGGCGACCGCACAAGAGAUCGAGGAGCAGAGCAAGCAGUACCUGAUUAAAACGCUUAUGAGGGACGAUGACGUACCACCGCCCAAGGAGCAGGAGAAGAAGCCCGAGGAGGUGACCGUCGCGCAGUGUAAACUGAAGGAUAGCGCUACUGAUACACCGCCCGAGAUUUUUGGCAUCGCCAAGUCGAUACCGGAGGAUGACGGUAAGAAAGACGAUGAUAAGUUAAAAAAUAAGAUCAUCAAGAAAGAGCGGGACGAUAAGUUGACUGCGCAGAAAGGCGGAAAGCCGAGGACGACGGGUGCGAAAGAGAAGCCCGCCACGCUCAAGGACAAGAUUGUCCGCGACGGGAAGUCUACCAAAGUUGCCUUACCGCGUGCGCCGGUGGCCAAGCCGGCCACGCCCGCCGGGGACCCACCCAAGUCUCCGCCCAACGAGAAGGAGUCCAUAAAGCUAAGACUCACAAAGACCAAGCUGGAUAAGAACGAGCCGGUGGUUCAGCCAGUUUACAAGGCGGAUGUGAGCUUCGUUAACCAGCAGAAGGGCGACAAGCCGACAGAGAGCGAGCUCAGAGUUCCGCCCCUCCACAUCAGUCUAAAAGGCCGGAACUCUGCCGUCAUAAAGAACUCCAAGAAAGAGAAAAAGAAAUUCAGUCCGGGUGAUUUGCACACGAAGAAGGUGAAGAUCAAGAAAGCUUUGGAGGAGGACAAGUCUCACAGAAGGGACUCUGACGAGUCCAUAGCUUCCAAGUCAGGUGAGAGCACCGAAAACAAGACUGAUGAGUAUUUAAACGCAAAAGGCAUAAAGCUUAACAACCACUACGAGGGUGACGCGAUAAAAACGGAAAUCGCGGGCGACAACAACGUCGUUUACAGGAUGAAAACGAUUUCGAAAAACGCCCACAUAGUGACCAAGUCGCACGACUACAAGCCAAACAACAAGAUGCAGCUAGACUUGAAAAUGAAGAAGAAGUUUAAAAUACUCAGCGAGGGGAAAACGGACAAGGACAAAGAGUGGAAAAACGACACGCUCGAUAAGGAGGGCAAAUACGCGCAGAACGAGGGAUACAGAGAGACUGCCAACAACCACGACGCGAAAAAGAAGUUACCCGGCAUGGAGUGCGGUGCGAAAUGUGAUAAGUCCAGUGACGGCAAGACUGUGCCUGACACUGAGUGUGAUAAAGGUGCUAGUGAAAAGUGCAAAGUGGAGUGGACGCUCGCUGACGCCGACGCGCGCAACUCCGACGCAGACAAUAAGUUAAAACGGACACUCGCCGAAAGUGCUAUUACCUCACCCAAUGGGCUGCUCACUUCAGAGAAGAAGAGGAAAACCAGUCAUAGUUCCUUACCAGAUCCACCUGGAUCGACAAACGUAGGCACGAUAGCCAGCCGCGGGGACUCCCCGCCCGGCGCGUCCGGGCCGCGCGGCGGCGCGACGUCGCCGCGGCGGAAGGAGCGCCCCAAAGACAAGUCCUACUGUAAGCUCGUCGCCGAGCGAGCGGCCAGACCUGACACAGACAAAUUUGCGAACAGAUCACCAACUUCACAAGCGCAAGGUGAAGAUUCCGGCAUAGAGUCGAUGGACGCGCUAUCGGAAAAGUCGCCCAACCAGGCGAGUCAGUCGCCGCCGGGGCCGCAGCGCAAGGAGCGGCUCGACAUGCCGCGCUCCACCAGCCCCACCUCCGUGCAGAGGAUAAUCGGCGUGAUCGACCAGCCGCCCGCCUCCGACGAGCUGCUCGAGCGGCUCUCGCUCGCCGCCGGCCAGCCGCGCUACGACACCGUGCCGCCCGACAUCGACGACCUCGGCGACAUCGAGGCCGAGCUCGCCAAGAUGCACGCCGACGUCAACGGCGACGACGCGCCGCGACAGACCAAAGAACGACAGCCCACGCCGAUACUCAGGGACGAAGAGAAACAGCCGCCAACACUCGAUAGGCCCUCCGAAAUAGACGUCAAGAAGGAGGUCAAUAUCGAGAACAGUGCCUCCGAGUCGAAAGAACUGAUCAGCCCUAAAAAGGAGAACGACUUCGACCCUCUGCCUAGCAGGGUGUCGCCGCCGUUGUAUACAUACUCGAAUCAGGAAAAAAUCAGCGCUGACCUCGAGGUUAAAGAAGAGAAGGUAAUCGCUGAGAAUGGUGAAACAAAAGACGAUAAAGAAAAACAGGAGCCGAAAUUAGAGAGGUUACCACUGAAGGCCGACUUUCCCGAUAAGAGUUUACUCGAGCAGCUCUUAAUAGAGAUACCGACGCCGGACUAUGUUGGGAAGAGGCCGGAGUCACCGUCGCCGUCCGCGCUCGAGAGGGUCGCGCGCAGCAGCGUGCGGACGAGGUCCAGCAGCAAGAUGAACAGUCCUGCUGAUGGGCCGAAGACUCCGCGCCUCAGUCCCGGGAUCAACAAAUUGGAGCGGUCUGACUCGCCGGCGUUGCAGCCUCGCAACUGUGUGCGCGGCACCGACGAUAAGACAAGUCCGAGGAACGCGCUGCCCGCCACGCCGGCCGCCAAGCCCGCCCCCGCCGCCAAGCGGAAACGGCGCGAGUCGGAGAGCUCUGGCGCCUCCACCAUCAGUUGCGAAGAGGGGCUGUCGCCGGCCGGCCGACCCAAAAAGAAGCCACGCCGCACCGACGCCAAGCCGUUAAAUCCGGCCGCGCCGCCCGGCAAGACCAAGAAAGAUUCGGACAGCGACAGUGACGAGCCGCUCAUAUGCAAAGUGCGCGGUAAGACGGGCAAAGGCGUGCGCGGAGUAGGUCGGGGUGCGGCCAAGGUAGCCGAGGGCGUCGGCACGCGUCGCUCUGUGCGGCACGGACCCGCGCCCGCCGCGCCACCUGCACCGCACACUGCGCACGCGCCGCCCAACGCCGCACCUGCACCCUCGCCCGCGCCGCCACUAGCCGCGCCCGUCAGGAGAAAAACCAGAAGUGCCGUGGGCGAAGUCCCCGGAUUGGCAGCCCGGCGGCGACGCACGUCCCGCGACGGCAAGUGACGGCGGGCACGCGCGGAGCCCCGGCCCGCGCCCCGCUCGCCUUGCCCCGCGCUGACGGCCGCGCCGUGCGCUAGCCCGGCGCCGCCGCACUCACCGCACGCGCCGCACGCAGCGCACGCGUCGCUAGUACCGCACGCGUCCCACGCACCGCACGCACCGCACGCACCGCACGCGUCGCAUGCACCGCACGCGCCGCGACUACAGCUGCUGUUCCCGCUCGACUGACCGCCGACAGGCACGGCACCGUCACCGACAGCCUUAGUACCCGGUGAGCUAGUAUGCGCACGCCAAUAAACAUACCGUUCUAUGUGUUAUAAUCAGUGCCUCAAAGAAUUUAUACAAAAUUCACAUUUCUCUGCCAUAGUGUUACUGAAAAGUGUUGUGUACGAAACUUGAACAUAAAUGAAUUAUAGUGUUGCUGUUGUCACGUUUUGAGCGUAAGUUUUGUCGCGUUUAUAUAUUGGGCGUGUUUGUUUUCAUUAAGCUCGUUUAAGUGACAGCUCAAUAAAGAAAUAUUAUUUUAUAUCUUUACAAGCCUUGUGUCGUCUCUUGCUGACCACAUCCUCAAUUUUGUAUGAGUGCAUUGUGCGUAUACGCGCCUUUUGUAAAAACUUAAUAGUUACUCCGAAUAUUAAAAGCGAGCUUAUAAAUACAAUUACGCCCAGUGUAUAAUCGAUUUUAACGUUUACGCUACCGUUUUGUCCAGUCAAAUAUGUUAUUUGUUGACGAAACAAUUAUCGAUAAUUUUAUUGACUAUCGAUAUAUUAUCGACUAUCGAUUUAGAUUGAUCGAUGUAUAAAAUCAAAAUACACUGUUGGUUGUCUGAUUGCCUUAGCUAGAUCGCUCAUAGUUAAUAGAUUAUGUUACUUAUUGUAAAUAUAUACAGAAUUCAAUAUUGUUCGGAUGUUUGUGCGUUUUUUUGGGGUGCGCAUACGUAAGUAAUCCUAUACAGGGAUCAUAGACAAAUAAACCUACUAGACGACGCCAUUGGCAUAUUUACUGUUUAAAUAGGUAUCUAGGUAAAAACCACAGGAAAAUGUGUUGGGUGAACCAAAGAACUUUUCAUCCACUUCAAACCAUAGAGUUUACAUUUGAAAUUUUGUCUAUGCGUCGUCUGUAGGCUCAUUUGCCUGUGACAGGGAUAGAUUGAGGUUAACACUGUUGCCUUUAUGUAAGCACAUGUUAGUAUAAAUUAUGUUAAUAAUAUUUGUUGCGCAACAACAUGAAUUGGCGUCAAAUGUCCAUGUUGAAAUUAUAUAAUAAGCUACAUAACUAAUUUAAAACAAACAUAUAUUUAUUUAUACAAAUCAAUGAACUAAAUGUAUAUACAUUUGAAUGUUAAUUUAGAAAAAUAUGUUAACACUAUGGUACAUGCCGUUGUUUAUUGCAAUUUGUGGAGCUAAGACAUUAUUUAGCAACAUUUGCUGGGCAGUGUGUGACGCGCAACUAGUUGGCAAAUGUUGAUCAACAUCGCGCAUCUUGUAAUGUUGGCACAUAUUUGUAUGAUGUCGAAUUUGUUAAACGUCAUGUGUUGCUUAUCAAAUGUGUGUGUAUACAUAUAAGUAUACUCCAUAAAAAUUAUGUUCAAAUAUUGACUAUUGUCAAUAAAUAUUUUUAUGACCGUGUUCUCUGCGACAUAGAGAUGAUUUCGCUUAUACAAUUCAUGGUAAAGAUAACAAAUUCCAUAAACAAGUAAAUCUGAAACAAAACAUUGGAUGAUUUACGACCAUUAAGUGGUACCAUAGAGUAGACGGCAUUGCCAUAGCUUGUGUUAGGAAAAUUAAAAAAUAUAUCAAAUCAUUUGGCCCACGUCUGUCCCUGUAAAACGAGGGUAUAGUACAUUUUUUUAAUUUUUUAUCGUUCUGGACUUUUACAAGCCGACUCGCAUUCGGCGUGUUUUUGAUAUCGACUUUUUAUUUAGUGAACAAAUCAUGUUACCAAUCACUGUUGCACUUGAUUAUUAUUUUCUCUUUUAAAUGUAAGUUAUUUUUAAGCGCCUCUGAAUAUUACCCCGGGGCCGAAUUCGGCGUGGCUCCGCGAGGGAUGUGACCUCACAUCGUCGAUAUAUUCAGAAUGUUGCCGGACGUUUAGGCGCACACAGUUGUUACAUAAAUGUUGAAUAGUCUAGUAUAUUUAUUUUUUAACCAAUCACAAGAGAAAUCAAUUUAGGACGGUGGUGUACGGCUCGCGGUGCCACGGCCGGCGCCCCCCGGCGGCGAGCCUUAGGUUACUAGUGAAUAGAUGAGUAUCAAUUGUACAAAAGCACUCGAUAUGUAGACACAUUGUUAUAAUAGAGUAAUUAAUUCCCGAGAGAUAUAAAUGAAUGCAUAAAAAGUAAUAAUUAAAAACAUAUUUUCAUACGUUUUUGCACGUAAUCUCGUGAUUCGACAUUGUGUGGUAAGCGCAGCGUAGUUGUUAAUCGUGUUUUGGCGGGAACACGGCGUUUUUGCAGUUUCAUUUGACAUUAUCUCGCAUCGAUGUGAGUUGAAGGUAGAUAAACUAUAGGCGUAAUUAGAUCUAGUGGGUUUUAUGUAAUCGGUAGUUGUGUUUAUAAAUUUUAAUCUGGAACUAAAUGAACCGUCAAAAUUUGCGAAUAUUGAAACGUUUUUAUCGUGAGUGAAACGCAACACAAGAUGGCGCGUUCCCGCGCAAAACUUAGGCCGCUAUUACGAUUAGCGUUUUUAUAUUGUAAGGACAAUUCACGACCAAUAAUUGUAAUUUAAAUUGUGAAACUCGAUAAUUUCUUAGUGAAAUGAUAAUAAUCGCGACUGCGUGUUUCAACAGUUUGUCUGUGCGGGCUUCCAGUAUACUAAACAUUUUUCAUUUCGAUGCCCCAAUGUUUCCUCUCGAAUUGUUUAAAACAAACAGCCAUUAAUUAUAAUUUCUUCAUCAUCCUCUCACCAAAUCGUUUGAUCCAGUGAUUUUUAGGCGUAUAUAUUAAGUUCUUCGCGCACUGUAUAUAAUUGAUCGACAUUAUCUUUUUAAAUGAAUUAGUUUCCUGUUUAGUCGUUAGUAUUUAUUAUCACAUUUUUUUACUAAACCGUUCACUUAAUGUUGCGUUAAACGGUAUUUUGUUGAUGACGUCACGGUUUGGGCAGGUGGUGUCGCGCGUGGACGGUUGUCGCGGGCGAGGUCUGGUCGAAAUGGUGUCACGCGGUUCCUAGUUAAGGGAUACAACCCAGAGCAAUAAAUGUGGAUGUGAAGCAGAUAUUAUUCCUUUUUUAAAGUGCACGUUUUUGGACAGCUUUUAUUGGAUUUUUAUAUAGCUUAGAGGGCUGUUACAUUUCGUAGGUGUUGCGUUGACCCCACUCCCAUAUCCCCCUUCGGACUGACGGCUGCCAAUGUCGGUAUAACGGUGCCCCCGGGCGGGGCGCCGUGUCGAUGUGUUCAGGGGCGCGGCGGCGCGGCGGCGGCCCGACACCCUCGCUUACUUCAGUGGCUGUGCAAUGGCGUUGGCAGCUCGCUAUCUAUUUUCUACGUUUUAAAUCGGACAGUGAUAGUGCUACAAUAGUACGUACAUAGUUUGUAUAGUUAUAAUGAGAAUAUUUUAUUAAAAAAAUAAAUAAAAAAUUAAACUUAGUUGAAGUGCAUUGCCUGAAAAAAUUGUGCCCUAUAUAGUGUGUGGCGUGGAUGUGUGUUAGAGGUAGAGGAGCGGGACGCGGCUAGUCUGUGUGGCGCGAGCGUGGCCGGCGCGACUCCGGCGCACGUUCCGUUUUACGUGCUUUUGUUUCUUUUUUUAAAUUAUUUUUUAAACGAAGUCGGUACGGCCGAUGUACAAUCUCUUGUAAAUGUUUAUGUAUAGACGGGGAUAUUAAUUACGUUAGACGUUAAGUGUAUUUGUUUGUUUUGUAAAGACUAUUGAUGGAUAUCGGUGUAAAUAUGCGACUAGCGUACGUCCCUGCACGGGCGGACUCCUGUAGUGAAGCAAAAGCCUUAAUACUGUAAUAUAGAGGAGUUGCAAGCUUGUACCAUAUAAUUAUAUUGUAUGAACUCUCAACUAGCUGUGUAUAUUGGGUGUAUAGUUAUCAUUAUUAGUUUGUAAUUGUUUUUGUUUUUCAUUAUAUUUUCGACUAAUGAUAGUAAUUUAUGCCGGUAAAAAAAUUAAAAUAUAUACGUUUAUAUGUAUGGAAAGAGAAAAUACAAAUAGUUUAUAAACACUAUAAAUAUAGAAUAGGGAUACUGCACACGAGCAUAGCGUAUAGUUUUGGUAUGUAAACAAUAUAUAAACCUGUAAAUAGAUGAGACGUAGCGAAUAAAUCGAUAAAAUACUGAAUAUUUUACGUUAUUUGUAAUAUUAUGGUAGUGUUGCGUCGACGGCGCGGUACACUCACACUACACGAGAGAAGUGACUACUGGCUUGUAGAUCCACCCGACGUUAUUGUGCAUUAUUUUCACUGUAAGUUGCUUUCUGUCUUUUCUAUAUUAUUUUUUAAAUCAUAUAAUUAUAUUCGUAAAGUAUGAUGAGUCAUGGUGAAUUAUUAUCAUAUUAUUGUGAAUGAAAAAGAAAUAAGGAAUAUAAUUGUUCUGCUAUUAUUAAAUUUGUAAAGUUAGUUUAUUAAUAAAUGAAUAAAAAAAUA